GUCCUUCAUACGGCGCUGAUUUACGUGGGCCGAGACAGCUGAGGUCGCUCGGUUCAACAUGGCAACCAGGUGGGGAAUCUGCAGCGCUGGGAAGAUCAGCCAUGACUUCACGGUGGCUCUGAAAACUCUUCCCGCAGAAGAGCAUCAGGUUGUGGCUGUUGCAGCUCGUAAAUUGGAGGACGCUCAGGAGUUUGCCAGGAAACACAGCAUCUCCCAUGCUUACAGCAGCUAUGAGGAGCUGGCCAGAGAUCCAGACAUAGAUGUGGUGUAUGUUGGAGUUAUCCACCCCUACCAUCUGAAGGCCUGUCUGCUCUUCACUAAUGCUAAAAAGAACGUUCUGUGUGAGAAGCCGCUGGCCAUGAACACCAAGGAGGUGAAAGAGAUCCUGGACUCUGCCAAAAAGAAUGACGUCUUCCUCAUGGAGGCUGUGUGGACCCGCUUUUUCCCCGUCUCUGCGGAGAUCAGAAAGCUGCUGGCUCAAGGGGAGAUAGGGGAGGUGAAGAUGGUCCGUGCGGACUUUGGCGUGCCGCUGUUGCACGUACCCAGAGCGGUGCAGAAGGACCUGGGUGGAGGAGCGCUACUGGACCUUGGUAUCUACUGCCUGCAGUUCAUAGCUAUGGUGUACAAUGGAGAGAAGCCAGAGACUAUCCAAGCCAGCGGGGUCUGCCUGGAGACGGGAGUGGAUGAGACCGUGGCCGUUGUUCUUAAGUUUUCUAGAAACAGAAUAGCGACACUGACCUGCUCUGCAGGCGUGCAGCUGCCCAAUGAUGCCCUUAUUUCUGGAACAAAAGGCACAAUCCAGGUCCCUUCACCUAUGUGGUGCCCCACAUCACUGGUUGUUAAUGGGAAGGAGACCCAGUACUCGGUGCCUGAGCCCUACUUGCCUCUCAACUUUAUCAACAGCACCGGGAUGCGCUACGAAGCAGAGGAAGUCCGCCAGUGUCUGCUUAAAGGGCUGAAGGAGAGUCCAGUCAUGCCUCAUGCUGACUCUCUGCUGCUGGCUGAGCUGGAGGAUGAGAUCCGUCGGCAGGUGGGGGUGGUGUACAGCCAGGACUGCCAUUAAACGUUCGACUUGUUUACGCUGUUAUUGAACAGAAGCCGUUUACAGCGGAGACUCACUUACUCUUGUUGAUUCAGGAAUAGUUUUAUAUAAUUUAGAAAGUGAUUUAAAAGUGCUCAUGUUCUUUGAGAAACCGUUACCACUUGACCUCCAGCUUUCUGAUUACCUGUUUCUUAUUAGUUUUGAAAAAUAACUAAAGGGUCAACCUCUCAUCCACAUGUUAAGAAGCUGUUAUAUUCAUUAAACCUAAAGUUACACACUAGUUUUGCAUACGAAUGUUCAGAGCUCACCGAGUACUGUCAACAAGUGGAAUGUAAAAUGUUUGAUCACCUGUGAAAUAAAUUUUCUAGCAGAUUUCUAAAAAAA